AUGUCUCCUCAGCACACUCAGAUGCUCCAAACCGACGCUUAUCUUGCCCUCGACGCUGCUACCACUUCCAUCCCUACAAACCCUACUUACAACAUGUACACCAUGAACUACACCGACCGCAGCGAGCCCUCUUCCCGCCGUGACUCGCCGUCGACGAGCGGCAGCAACACUCCGAUCUCAUUUGGGCCCCGCGGCCAGAGCACGCUAUUUGGCGACAAGGUCUCUCUGCCUCCCAUCAACGCCAUGUUCUCUCCCUCGCCCACCGACGAGUACGACUCGCGCCGCAGCUCGCUGCCUUACCACUCGUCUCGCAAUGCCAUCCCACCUGGUGCUGCCCAGUGGUUCACAGGCCUCAACACACAGCUUGACCAGCGCGCACACUCUUCCACUCCGGAUUCCCCCGCAACUGGCUCACCCACAUUCACCGCCGGCUCUUACUCGUCGGCCUCCACUGCACCCACCACUGUCAAGUCCAGUCCUGGCACAAGUCCCUUUUCCGACAAGCUCAGUCUGCCUGCCAGCAACAGCCCCCGCGAGUGGUCUGCUCCCAUGACCAUCCCGGUCCCCCCAAGCACUGAAACCACAGUCGGCUCUGCACCCAGCACCUCGCCCACUCCCCAGAGCGACAGCCCACCAGCAGCAACUGCUGCUCCUCAACGUCGCCGCGGCAAGCUCCCAAAACACGUCACCGAGACGCUCCGUACUUGGCUCCUCAGCCAUGCUGAUCACCCCUACCCCACCGAGGAAGAAAAGAAGAUGCUUUGCAAUGUCACCUCUCUCACUCUCAGCCAAGUCUCCAAUUGGAUGAUUAACGCUCGUCGUCGAAUUCUUGUCCCUGCUUCCAAGCAACAGGCUGCACUGAAUGCCACCACUGGCCCUUAUAUUGGUCUCGCCCGAUCCUCUGCUGCUACCGAUCUCGCACGCGCCAACCGCCAGUCGAUGACCAUUCCUCACUCCAUGCCUCCCACACAUGCCAUCCCACCCCCAACAAUCGAUGCUUAUUCUGGCGCAUACAACCUUCCCCAUCUCUCCCAGGCCGGCGAUCUCCACCUCUCUUCUCGCUCUGCCCCUUAUCCCACCAUUUCCAUGCCCCAAAGAGCGACGGGCGGGUACACCUAUGGUGCACCCAAUGUACCCAGCUACUACGGUACCGGUCUCAGUGGUCUCGGCUAUCCAGGUGCCCCGGGCCUCGUACCAUCAGGUCCAGGCCGAUACUAUCCCGAGCACGACUCGACACAUCCUUAUUCGGCUACCACCCACUAG